CCCUCAUUGAUCAUGUCGUUCGGAUCCAUAGCCGACACCGUCAACAUCCGAGGCAAUGUCACCACCCCGAGAUACGUGUUCGGGACCGGUGGCAUCAACGUUGUAGAACCGAUCCAUCAAGCUCUCGAUGCGGGAUACAGAGCAUUUGAUACGGCUCAGCAGUACGGUAACGAAGAGGUCGUCGGAAGAGCCUUGAAAGAGUACAAGAUCGAUCGCAAAGACGUAUUUGUCAUCACAAAGGUGAACAAACCUGGAGAGACGGUGGAAGCGACCUUGGAGGGUAUCCGAGAGAGUGUGCAGAAGCUGGAUCUCGCCUACGUCGACCUGUUUCUCAUCCACAAUCCAAACUAUGGACCUGAGGGCAGAAAGAUCCAGUGGAAGGCUCUAGAGCAGGCCAAGAAGGAGGGACUUGCAAGGGCCAUCGGUGUCAGUAACUUCGUUCUGCACCACCUCGAAGGAAUGAAAGAGUACGCAACCGAGCUUCCGGCCGUCAAUCAGACGGAGCUGACCAUGUUCUAUCAAGAUAAGGAAGUGGUCGAAUGGUGUAAUCAACAUGGGGUCCAGAUGCAGUCAUUUGCGCCGGUAGCGAGGGCUCAGAAGAAGGACGACGAAUCGCUGCUACAGGUCGCCAAAGAGGUUGAACGACCUUGGAACAGGGUGAUGCUGAGAUGGAACUGGCAGAAAGGGUACCUGGUGACUUGUAAAUCGGAAAAAGCGGAUCGUAUCCGGGACAAUACGUCCAUCUUUGACUUUGAGCUGUCUUCAGCUCAGAUGGAGAAACUCGAUGCCCUAGAUUGCGGGUUCAAAGUGACGCCAAGCACUGUCAAGGAUGUCGACGAGCGGAGCAGGUACUACAAGGAUAUGCCUUGAGCACACAUGUCCGGCGUCGCGGACGGUUGCGAAGAUCCAGCCUAAGAAGCGUUACUCGAGCGUGUCGAGACACAGCGUCGAGACCACACGUAAGGACUCAUGUAAGAUGCAUCGAGGUCAUCCGGUUCAGGAGAAACCGCUGGCAACCGCUGGCAACCGCUGGCAAACCGCUGGCAAACCGCUACAGUGACUGCUCAAGCGGACCCCCCGCCUAGCCCGAAAUGUUCGGAUCCGAAAGUAUCCAGUCGGGCAUCACCGA